AUGAACAUCGAAUCCCACAACGCCACUAAGAAGAACAAUAACACACCUCAGAUGGAAAAUCAAGAUAUAUUUAGUCAACUUUGUCAAUCUCUUACCCCUGUUAUGAGCACGCCGGGUCAAGAACCUUCAUCCAUGUUCGAUGAAUGGAUCAAGCAAGAUUUUUUGUCCGAGUACAGUAACAAUUCCUCGCCUGAGAUAGCUACUCCCUUGGAUCAAUUCUUGAUGUCCCCUCCAUUUCAAUCGAAAGAUGAACUCAAGUUAGAGUCCAUUUUCGGAGAUAACGUCGACCUCGAUGUAUCUGCCAUUCUUAACUCGCCUCAACUUUAUUCCGUACCCCCUGAAGCUAAUUACCUCUCUUGUGCCUCAUACUCUGCAGGCACUCCUCUAUUACAAAUGAGUAACUUAUUUGCUGACAUUGGUAAUUCUUUGCCAGCUGCUCUGGCCGCUUUGGCUGCUGUUGCUGCUCCCACUCCUAUUGUGACUCCCUUAGCUGCUCCCCCAUCGACACCUAUCAUUACUUCUGUCACUGCCACAACCAAUACGACAAAGAAAACUGUGGAAGUUAGUCAUCAACCUUCGGUUGUCAAUGCUACCACCCCUACUUUUUCUGCUGCUCCCACAAGCAACCGUCGAAAACGUGCUGCUAGUGACGAUACCAAUAAUAUGGGCUCUUUAGAUGAAGCUGCUAUCAAGCGACAAAAGAAUACAGAUGCUGCUCGUCGUUCUCGUCUGCGUAAGGUUCAAAAGAUGGAAGCUCUAGAGAAUAAGGUCGCUGAACUCGAAAAGAUCAAUGCAGGAUUGCUGAUGCGCGUUGCUGUGUUGGAUUCGGAAAAGACGAAUUUGAAGGCAAAGGAAUCUUCUUUUGAGAGUCGUAUCAAGGUUUUAGAAGAGCAAUUAAUGGAAGCUCAUAAAGCUCUUUCCUCCCGUUCUUAA